GUUCCCAGUCAGUUUGUAUCUCUUAUUUUCAUAGCGUGUACAGCUGAUGCAGCUAACAUGAUUACAGAUUCUAGAUUGCCAUUUUGACUCAUGUAUAGAGAGUAUCAACACUGGAUGCCCUUAAGUUGCACUUAACUAGCAACUCUAGUGACUCUCCUGGAUGCUAAUCAAUUCAUCCGUUUUGCAGACCCUUGAAACGGUAGUUGGACGUACACAUGUGACAUUCCAAUUCAACAUGAGUUUGUUUCUUGUGGGAGUCAUUCAUGCCUGUAGGAAAGAGCUUUGACUUUUGUUUCAUGUGACUCAAGAUUUUGUUUUGUCUCAAGAACUUCGUGGAAACCAAUUGACGUUGAAUCCAAGAUGGCGUCGACAGCAAGCCUUUUCUUAGUUGUCGUGAUAGGUUUCUUUGUCCUUCCAUCUGUCAUUGAGUCACUCCCAAUUAGUAUGGAAGAUGGCAAACGAGGGCAGCAACAAACAAAUGGCUUUGGCGAUCAAGAAAGCCAGGAGUUAGCAGGCCAGACCGAUGGUGCCGAACAGACUGGUGGAAGCUCCGAGGAGGUAGGCGCGGGAAACACCUGGCCCAGCGUCGGCGUAAUCCCGGUCAACCCGGGUCCUGUGAACCCAGUCGGUCCGGGCCGAGAAGGAGGAGCCCCCGCUGCGAUUCCGAGGUAUCACUCAGUUGCGGUACCAAAGUACCCAGAUAUUGGUCCAGCUGAUCCCGUUGGUAACCCAAGGAUCCCACCAGUUAUCCCACCUCCUGCACCCACCGAGUGGCCUGCAGCGAUACCCCUGACCACCCGCACGAGGGGUGAUAUCGGGAUGGAGGCGUUCAACCCGAGGAUGAAUGGGGCGGGAUUUAAACCACCAAAACAAGAUGUUCGGCCCAAAUCAAAGUCUCCUACGAUCUCCAAUAACAUUGCUCAUAUCUCACAAGAUGAACCCAAAGCCCCACGUACACAGCCUGUACCCUUCCCAGCAAUACUCGCCGUUGUAGUAAUUGGUGGGGUUGUCGUCGUCACAGCCAUUGGAGGCGUAGCUUAUUUCGUAGCAACAAGGGUACGGAUCUCUUGAACUAUAGAACAAUGAACUAUUUCGUACCGCCACCAAACUUGAUUUAAAAGUCAAGUUUAAGACAAUAUGGCUUUUUCAGCUUAUUGUUUCUAGCAUUUAUUAUGAAAACUGAUAAUCAAAUUAUACACAGAUUCAUAAAAUCAGUUGUUUGAAGCAAAAUGGUUCUUCCAUAAAAUCGAACGCACAGGACUCGUUUACUAAGAAGUUAUUUUACACAAGCUUUUAAUUGUAUAUAUUAUUAAAUUUAUAUAAUGUACAUGCAUCUUUCUAAGUUUAUAUAGGUUAAUUUUCUUUUCUUUUUAAUAUAUCCUGCGCUGGCCCCGUUAAUAUCUAAACGUUAAAUGUGUGGAUUAUGGUUCCCUAACUUUAAAUAAAUUUACGUUCUCAAAGAUCAAAACUUUCUCAUACAACUCACGGUCCAUCCCCCCCCCCCCCUCACAAAAAAAGUUUCCCAAACAUCCAAGGUUCUCAAAUAACUCAAAGUUCCCAAA